AUGGCUGUCGAGGCGAGGCACGGCCUCUAUGAGUUUGGAAGGUCAGCACAAGGUACCGUUUUUGUGGGAACUCCAUGUAUAAUGAUUCUGAUGAUGUCUAAGCUAUUGGCUGCAAAUCUGGAAGAAGCAGACCCUGCUGUUUAUGAAAUACUUCAAAGGGAGAAAAGACGGCAGAAACACUUCAUCAACCUCAUACCCUCCGAAAACUUCACUUCACAAGCAGUUCUCGAUGCCUUGGGCAGUAUCAUGCAAAACAAGUACUCGGAAGGGUACCCAGGGGCCCGAUACUAUGGCGGUAAUGAGCACAUAGACGAGUCAGAGAGACUUUGCCAACAAAGAGCUUUGGAGACGUUUGGCCUAAGCGAGGAAGAAUGGGGAGUCAAUGUGCAACCCCUCUCUGGAUCACCCGCAAAUCUUUAUGCCUACUCUGCUCUUCUUAAUUCGCAUGAUCGAAUCAUGGGUCUUGAUCUCCCUCACGGCGGACAUCUGUCUCACGGAUACCAGACUCCCACCAAGAAGAUAUCCGCGAUCUCAAAGUAUUUCGAGACCCUACCUUAUAGACUUGACGAGUCGACGGGUCUUAUCGACUACCAGAAGCUCGAAGAGCUGGCGAUGCUGUACCGCCCAAGAAUCAUCAUCGCCGGUACUUCAGCGUAUAGCAGACUUAUCGAAUAUGCACAGAUGAGAGAGAUUGCAGAAAAGGUGGGGGCAUAUCUGCUUAGCGACAUGGCUCAUAUAUCAGGCCUUGUGGCCGGAGGUGUCAUUCCUUCUCCAUUCCCCCACUCAGACGUCGUCACUACUACUACCCACAAGUCGCUGAGAGGUCCGAGAGGGGCCAUGAUAUUCUUCCGCAAGGGCGUCCGUAGACAGGAUAAGAAAGGCCACCCAGAGAUGUACGACCUCGAAGGUCCAAUCAAUGCUUCGGUCUUUCCAGGUCACCAGGGCGGGCCUCAUAACCACACCAUCACAGCUCUUUCAGUUGCUCUACAUCAGGCGCAGAGCCGCGAGUUUAAGGACUAUCAGAAAACCGUGUUGUUGAACGCAAAGGCUCUGGCCGAGCGCUUGGGCAAUUCUAAGGAGAAGGGCGGCCUAGGAUAUAGUGUUGUCUCGGGAGGCACUGAUAAUCACUUGGUGCUCGUCGACCUCAAGAACAAAGGCGUAGAUGGAGCCCGUGUAGAACGUGUGCUUGAGCUCGUGGGCGUUGCCAGCAACAAGAACACUGUACCGGGCGACAAGUCAGCUAUGAAACCAGGCGGACUGCGAAUGGGCUCACCUGCUAUGACCACCCGAGGAUUGUUGCCGGACGAUUUUACAAGAGUUGCUGAAAUUGUUGAUCGUGCUGUAACAAUAACGCAGCAUCUGGACAAAAAGGCCAAGGACGAGUCUGAGGCGAAGGGACGGAAGAAUCCUGGAAGCGUGAAAGCCUUCGUGGAAUUCCUUGGUGAUGGCAAUGAAGUGCGGGAGGUUGUUGAGCUGAGGAGGGAAGUUGAAGAGUGGGUUGGCACUUUCUCACUGCCUUGGAUUAAAUGA